CAUCCAGGUGAGGGAGACGCCCAGUCGCGUUAUUGGUGUCCUGCUCUUCCCCCCCAUCAUCAUCAUCACAGCUGAGGAGGAGGACAUGGAGGGCAAGUUCGCCUGCAUAGUCGCCGUCCUGUUCAUUGUCAUCACACAUGUGUUGUCUGCUUCGAUCGCUGUGCCAGGGGGUCUGGUCGGGACAGUGCUUGUGAGAUGCUCCUUCUCUCUACUGCCGAACAGCACGGGUCCUAUCAACCUCAAAGUCACCAAAUCCUCAAGCAACGAAUCGAAUCUGAUCUACGACUCGCGCCAAGAGGAUUUUCGACCUGACUUGGCAACAUUCGUGGGAGACCUGGCCAAGGGCGACUGCUCCCUCUUGCUGCCCAACAACUCCAGGGACUCUGUGCUAGAUUAUAAACUCGUCAACGCGAGUCGACUGAUCGUGACGCUGAGUGCGUUUGAAGAUCCACAGCCGCACGGCGGUGCAAGUGGCACGACUGUCGCUGCGGCAGCGGAGACCUCGCCCACAGCAAGUCCCCACUUGGGCACGAAGGGGAUUGUGGCGGUAGCGGUGGUGGCAGUGGUGGCAGUGGUGGGGGUCGUGGUAGCAGUGGCUGCCGUCCUCUUCAUCCAGAACCGCCGUCGGUCGUCUAGGAGCUCCCCCGGCUCACACAGUGGCGAUGUGCAAGCAGACGUGCGCGGUGAUGAGGAGGAGAAUGGGAUUCCACUGAUGACGAUGAUAACGACCGGACCCACAGAGGAAAAUGGAGAUGUGGGGACAGUCGCCGCUUGAAGUGAUCACCGGCUCCCCCAUGACCACCCUGGCCGGCAUGAAGAUCUGUUUUCCCAGAUCUUCAUGGCUUUGUCAUCUUUUCCUGCGUAACGUUAACUCUCCAAACUCCUCCUCUCUGGCAGCUCCAAAUCCCUGAAUGCUAAAUUCCACACGAUCCAGAAUACCGCUGCUGCCUCACCUCACGACUUGUGUAAGUGAAAUCUCAUCAUCCCAAUCUUCAGAUUCUGCCACUGGCUCCCAAUCCCGUCCCCAAUCGACUGCGAGAUCGCACUCUCACCGCCUACACGAUCCUCCGUAGACUUUACGCUUCCUCUCACCUCUCACCUCUAUGUACUCCCCACCACGUGUUCUCCACUCCGGAAAACCCUCCGUCAACCUCCAAAUGUCUGGUCGCUUAUUAACGCCCACUUCAUAGCCCAGUGGGUUCUGGGGAGUCUCACAAAUCUGUGAUUCGUGAACCCUCAACUCCAAAGUGCCCGGUCACUUUCGCCGCAGACUCACCCUGCUCACGUCCAGACUCCAGACGUUGCCGACUUCCCCUCUGUCUGUGUCUCUCCUCGCCUGGGCUGCACCACCGCUGUCUUCCAUCUCCCGUGAGCUCCAUGCAGAUUCCCUACAGCCCCUUCCUGCUCUACUGAAUGUCAGCAUUGUGUGUCUGUGUGUGAACCUGAGUGGGUGUGUGAGCUGUGUGCGUUUGCUUGUGUACGAGUGUGAGCCAGAGGGGGUGGUAUUGGAGUGUGGUUGUGGUGUAAUAAGAGUUGUGUGUGUGGUGUUAAGGGGCCAGAAUCUGUGUGCAUUGCCCACAGAAUGCACGAGUCUGACGACUCAAGAGGUUCUCACACUGGGACUGUUUGGUACAUUCUUUAUUGAAUGUCUAUUACGAGCACUAUGCGCUGCAAUUCCAGAUGUGCCUUGAGAUUGCAUAUUGACUACCGUCUCUGUUUACCAUUGGGAGGUGUGGGUCAAGAGGAGUGGUUGAACCUAUGGGCUAUGAGCCAUAGCCCAUGGCAAUCAACAAGGCCGUGGGGAUUGCUCUGCAGAACGAUUUAAGGACCCCACGAUGUUACACAAAGCCAUCUUUCUUACUGCAAGUUCUUGUUUUUUUGGAGGGUUGGCAGUGAACGUGGGCCCGGAAAGGUUGGGAACCACUGGUCUAGAAGAUCCAUAUUUUCAGUGAGAGUAAGACAUUGGUUUAGAAGCCUCAUGUAUUAAAUAAUUAGUGUUGGGAAAAUGUUGCCUUUUAAGGUGCAGAUUUUUACGUAUUUACGGUUGUAAAUAUUGUUUUAUGAAAUCUGUAUAUUGCAAGCAUUGGCUGUUUUUAGAGCAUGUAAACCUAAUGGUAUACAUUUUUUACUAUGAGAAAACAUUGGUGCAAAACCACUUGUAUUUUCUAUUUUUAUAGACAUGAACCGUACGUCAAAAUCGUAAUUAAUCAAUUAAUUUUUGGCGACUCCGUCCCACCGCGCACACAAACGCCGCGACCCGCCGAGCGCGGAUCAUUCUGUUGUCAUGUCGUGUCCAAGCGCAGCAGCAGCAGCGAGGACGAAUGCGCAGAAGAGCUGAACAAGCCAAUGCUGCACGCCAUGCUCGCGUAUGGGCAGGAUCAUGAGUCGUAUCCAAAGCUGCUCAAACUGCCGACACGACUUAAGUGCUUUGUGUCAUCACGUUGUGCAUAAUACAGUGAAAUUGCUCUUAUCGUCAUUAUUAUUUGUGACCUACCAAUGUCUGCAGCCAGGAUCAAUCGAUGACAAUCCUAUUACCUGCAGAUAUUUAACAGAUGAGAUGCGCUGCACCGUUAAUUCCUCCUGUUUCAUAAUAAUUCUCCUGUCCGUAUGCGUCUGUGUUUCUUUGCGGUUCAGCCAUAGUCCCCACAUACCGCUCGUAGCAAUGCGGAUAAGAGGAGGGGCAACCCACUACUCUAUAGAGUAACAUCGGUUUAAACGCUUGUUUACAAUAUGAACAGCGCAUUGAAAACGCGUACUAUUGUAUGUACUGUUUACAAAGUGUUUACAAAUCCACACUUAGAAACACGAUGAUUGACAGAGGGGUAUAAAGUAUUGUUUCGAUAGUGUAUUUAAAUAGAGGUACUGCAGGUGAGUCGUUUUCAGGUGACAGAGCAAAGUUUGUAUUAUUUAUAUAAUAUUUACAUAAUAUAUUAUUUACGUAAUAUUAUAAUAUUUAUGCAAG